AUGGUUGGCGGUAGCCAGAACCGUCAGCGCCAUCACGACAGGUCACAGCGGCGCCAGGGCUCGCAGGACCGCGUGCGGACUGAAUCUGUAGAAGCAGUAGCCCGCGAGCAGGGAAUUGGCAAAGUGCAGCGACAGCAUCGCGGCAAUGGUCAGACGGUAGCCGUUCUCGCUCCAGGCGGUCUUUGCGCCGCCGCUCAUCUCUGCCAGGACGUCAAUAAAGCCGAACUCUCCGCCCUCGUCUGCCCCUUCGGGGAGGACGGAGGGAAGAAGCCGCGGCGGGGCGCAGCGCCACAGCGUGAGGAUGACAAAGGCGAGCACGUUCUCGACGGCGAUCGUGCGGCGGAUGACGGUGUACUGCCCGCGCGGGAGAUAGCAGUGCCAGUACACCAGGAAAGCGACGCCGAGGACAAUCUCGAUGUCGAGAUGAAGGAUUCGCUCAACGGAGAGGAUCUCGAAGGCGUGGGUGUAAGCGGCGUCGAAGACGGCGUCGUUGCCGGCGAUGGCUUUGGCGGAGAAAGCCCGCAGGCCUUGGUAGGACUGUCGUAUAACGUCAGUGAGAGCUCAGCUGAUAUACAGCAACUCCACUAG